UUUUGUUUUGCUCUGCUGUCUUUACUGAGAAGUUGAAGAAAGUAGCACACAUUUUUCCUGAAGACAUGCGGACGCAUUGGAGAGAUUGUCAGGCAUGGAGUGAUUUUGGUGUUGGUCUUUCCACCACUAGCAAUGACGCCGCUAAAUUGUUUGAUGCCGUUUUGACUCAGUAUGUCGGGUGGUACGACGACGAUAGUCUAGGAGGACUGGAAAAAUCUGUGGAAAAUAUGAUCGCCGCUGACCCUAACUUCGUGAUGGGACACGUGAUCAAGAACGGUCUGGAUGCACUUGGAACCGGGAGAGGUUAUUAUCUGGACAAGGAGUUCCAGACAGAUAUCCAGACCAUGGUCAAUCUAGAAAACAGUCCCAGUACACUACCCCGCGAAAAGCAACACAUUAAUGCUGUUAAACUGUGGGCUCAAGGAGAGAUGACGGAUGCGUGUCUGAUCUGGGAGUCUAUCUUGGUGGACAAUCCUUUGGACAUGUUGGCUCUGAAGUUCGCCCACGAUUCCUACUUUUACCAGGCUCACCACCCUCAGAUGAGGGACAGUAUUGCUAGAGUCAUGCCGCACUGGAAAAGCUCCAUGCCACUAUAUAGCUAUCUGUAUGGAAUGCAUGCGUUUGGGUUGGAGGAGUGCAAUCAUUAUGAAGAAGCAGAACGUUUAGCGAAAAAGGGUCUGGAACUAAACCGCAAUGAUUGCUGGUCUACACAUUCGAUGGCGCACGUGCUUGAGAUGACUGGGAGGUCCACGGAGGGGAUCAAGUUUAUGUCAACCACAGAAAAUGAUUGGAACGUUUGUGCUAUGCUGGCCUGUCACAAUUACUGGCAUUACGGGGUAUAUAAUAUUGAGCAGGGAUUGUAUGAUGAGGCAAUGGGACUCUUUGACACACAGGUUGGACCAAGAGCAGUCAAAAGUGGGGCGAUGCUUGACAUGGUUGAUGCGUGUUCAUUACUUUACAGACUGAGCCUUGAGGGGGUAAAAGUGAAAGACAAAUGGAAGGAAUUCAAUGAAAUUUGCAAGGAUCAUGCCGAUGAUCAUAUUUUGACAUUCAAUGAUGCCCACUUUUUAAUGGCAAGUCUUGGAGCAAAGGAUAAGAUGACUACUGAUAAAUUGAUAGGGUCACUAAGGGAAUUCGCCAGUGGUACAGGUAAGGGAGACAACCAGAGAAUCUCCAAAGAGGUUGGGGUCCCUUUGUGUGAAGCUUUGGUCUGCGCUAAUAUCGUGAUUAAAGUGAAAGCCGUCUCUCUCGUAAAUCCUAUCAGAUACAAAAUAAUAACCAUUGGAGGAAGUCAUGCGCAGAGGGACGUCUUUAAUCAGUUUCUGAUCCAUGCAGCCCUUCAGUCCCCACAAAAAGAACACAACAAAUUGGCAAGGUGUCUCCUUGCUGACAGAAAGGCUUUAAAGUCCAACGCCCCGUUAACGGACAGACUCGUAUCACGAGCUAUGGCGGUACACGCAGCUGAUUAAUCCAUUGUCUUAGUUUGGGGACAUUUACAGCUUACAACGGAGGGAUUUUAUUUUGCUCUUCCUAUUAUGCAUUUCGAGGAGUUUAUCAUGUUUGCUAUAGUAAUUCUAACUGUUCGUUAACUUAUGUAUACCGGUUACAUAGUACUAUUUUUAUUUACAUGCAAUUCAAUUCAUUUCUUUUUUGGAACUAAGGCGCAUUUAUUUAUGUAUUAUAAAUAUUAAUCUUUUACAAGCCGGUUUCUUACAUGUUUUAAAGCAGUCUUUGAUAUAUAGACAAAAUUUUUUGUAGAUACAAAGUAUAUAGAAUAAGCAAACAAAGUAAGGUAUUUUAAAACAUCUGACUGAUUCGAUAUCAUAUAUAUAAUUAUAGGACUUUGUUUUUUUUUCAAUCUGCAAUUAUAGUAUUUUAAUGUUGGCACAUACAGAGGAAAAACACCAAUUCAAUUUUUGUUCCUGAGUUUGAUGUUAUACACGCUUUAGAUAUUUUUUU